AUGCUCUCUUUCCCUUUGACCACAAUCUUUACGUUUUUCGCUAGCUCAGAUGGACAGUUUCAGAUCUUUUCUUCUUCCUUGGACAGCUGUCCACCAUCGGCCGUUCUCAGCUAUCAGAACAGACAAAAAGAAUUUCAGCAGACUCUGAAUCAGAGCAACUCAACUGUCUUUAUCGGCGGUCUGAAAAAUCACAUGGAAGCAAACAUCCUGAAGGCUUACUUUUCGCAGUUCGGCCGCAUCAACAACAUAUUCCUGGCCGUCAAGCCAGGUACAACCACCCCCCUCGGCUUUGGGUUUGUAAACUUCGCUGAGGGAACAGAUGUCGCAUGUCUAUUGGCGAAAGAAAAACAUGACCUUGGGUGUGGGUCCAUCGACGUCAGGAUGUACACCCCAGCCUAUCCGACGCACAGACGCUUCUUUAAGUUGAUGCCAAUACUGUCGGAGCAGGAACUUGAGGAUGAUGCGCAGGGUGCAGAGGCCCAAUUCCACAAACAAUCAGACCAACCAGAAGGGGAUUUGAGGAAACAUCAAACUGAUGAUGAAUCACAGAAGCCGCUUGAAUUCUAUGUGGAAGGCUUGAAUGCUGCCAUUACCGCGGAGAACUUGCGAACCCAUUUUGCGCACUAUGGUGAGGUUCUGGCUGUGGAUAUAUCCGUGGACCUCUCAACCAACAGGCCGCAUGGAUAUGGACACAUUACCCUGCGGCCGACAGUAGAUGAAAGUCAACUGUUUGAAGCAGAACAUAUUGUAAGUGGACACCUCGUCAAGGUUAGGGAGCGACCUUCGUCGGAAUGUUCGGAAAAUACCCCAGUAAGUUAUAGUCCCUCGACAGUUUCCGAGUGUCAGGAGAAACAAAAGACAUCUAAAACGACCCUGGACCAGAAUGCUACGAAUGUUUUCAUCGGUGGUCUCAAGAAGAACAUGGAAGGUGACAUCUUGAAGGCCUACUUUUCGAUGUUUGGAAGCGUAAUCAACAUAUACCGAGCCGUUUCUGCCUACGCUCAUAUCCACCUCGGUUUCGGAUUUGUCAGCUUCGUCAAGGGCACUGACCUGGAAGGGCUUUUGAUG